UUUCAAAGUGUCUCUGAAAUUGUAGACAGCAUGCUGUGUGAAUUCAGUUCCUCACACAGAGCUCAGCCCUCCUCCUCCACAUUCAGCCUUAAAAGUUUUUCUUAAAAAAAAAAAAAACCUUCGCAAAACUGCUCCGCAACUUGAAAGGGGCAAAGAAAGAGAAUUUUUUUUUUUUGUCUGUCCUGACACUUCCCCCAAAGCCCCAGCGCGGCAUCAAAGCCCGGCAGCGUUACACUGAGUCGCUCUCCCAUGUGGAAAGACUCAAGAAAUCAUCGGGAAAGUUUCUUAAAAGAAAAACAAGACUUCCUUCUCCAAGGUGGUCCCGGGCUGCCGUCUGCGAAUGGAAUAUUUAUAACCCGGCCUGCGUCGAGCAGACAAAAAUCACAUUUUUGUUAACCAUUUCUUUUUCUUUUGGUGGAUUUCAAGGGAAAAGAAAGAUGGGGAAAGUUUUGUGAAGAGGAAGGCUAACGAUCUUAAUCACCACUGAUUCGGGUUUUCGUUUUUAAUCAUUUCUCUGGAUGUUACGUUUUUCUCCUGGAAAGAAGCGAAGUGCCUCGAAAAGUGGAAUUUCAGCCUCGAGGCACCAAAGGGUGCGAUUUUGGGGGAGAAAACAUCAAAAAGGAAAAGAAAAGGAUCCUUCCCUUGGCACGCGAGUCACCAUCCCCGUCCGGCUCCCAAAGGCCUGGCCCCUUGGGGGGUCGGCGGCUCCCCCCGCCCGCCCGGAGCAGAUGUGCCCCUGAGCACGGCCGGGGCCCGACGGACCAUGUUCAACCCCAGGAACCCCCCUGGGAGCGGCUACAUGGAGCAUUGCUACCUGCGCCCCCGGCACGCGCCCGGCCCUGGCCCCGGCCUAGCAGACGGGCUGAGCGACUUCCCCAUGUGCCACCAGGCCAACCUGAUGGGCAGUCAUCAUGGGUACGGGCUGGCGCCGGGCAGCGAGCAUGCUGGGAAUGCCGACGGGUCCCGGUUCUCCACACCCCGCGGCGCGGCCAAGCUGACCAAGAAGCGGGCGCUGUCCAUCUCGCCGCUGUCCGACGCCAGCAUCGACCUGCAGACCGUCAUCCGCACCUCGCCCAACUCCCUGGUGGCCUUCAUCAACUCACGCUGUGCCUCGGCCAGCGGCUCCUAUGGGCACCUCUCCAUUGGCACCAUCAGCCCGUCCCUGGGUUUCCAAAGCCCCAUGGCUCACCCGAAGGGGCAAGGGGCAGCGUUCGGCCCCCCCAUUCCCCCCUGUGGCUCCCAUGAACACCUCCCUGGCCGGCCGGGGUUCCUGCACCAUCCCCCGCCCCGCGGGACACCGAAGCAUUGCCAGAUGAAAUCAGAGCCCAGCCUGGGCACCGCCCUGGGCACCAACGGCCUGGAGGAGAGAUCGGAGGGCGACGUCUCCAGCCCAGCCUCCACGGGGACGCAGGACCCGCUGCUGGGGAUGCUGGAGCCCCGGGAGGAGCUGGAGAAGGAGGACGGGAAGCAGGAGGCGGAGGCCGUGUACGAGACCAACUGCCACUGGGAGGGGUGCACCAAAGAGUUCGACACCCAGGAGCAGCUGGUGCACCACAUUAACAACGAGCACAUCCACGGGGAGAAGAAGGAGUUUGUGUGCCACUGGCUGGAGUGCUCGCGGGAGCAGCGGCCCUUCAAGGCGCAGUACAUGCUGGUGGUGCACAUGCGGCGGCACACGGGCGAGAAGCCUCACAAGUGCACGUUCGAGGGCUGUCACAAGGCCUAUUCGCGCCUGGAGAACCUCAAGACCCACCUGCGGUCGCACACGGGUGAGAAGCCGUACGUCUGCGAGCACGAGGGCUGCAACAAGGCCUUCUCCAACGCCUCGGACCGCGCCAAGCACCAGAACCGCACCCACUCCAACGAGAAGCCGUACGUCUGCAAGAUCCCUGGCUGCACCAAGCGCUACACGGACCCCAGCUCCCUGCGCAAGCACGUCAAGACGGUGCACGGCCCCGACGCCCAUGUCACCAAGAAGCAUCGGGGCGACACGGUGCUGAGCCGGGCGCUGGCUGCCCCGGGGGGCCCCGCAGACAUGAAGCAGGAGAAGGAGGGAGGCUGCCCCGGCGAGGGCAGGAAGGAUGAGGGGAAGCUGAUGGUGCCCGAGGCCACCUUGAAGCCCCAGCCCAGUCCCGGUGGGCAGUCGUCCUGCAGCAGCGAGCGCUCGCCCCUGGGCAGCGCCAACAACAACGACAGCGGGGUGGAGAUGAACGCCAACCCGGGCGGCAGCUUCGAGGACCUGUCCACGCUGGAGGACCCCCCGCCGGGGGAGCCCAUGGGCGCCUCGGGGCUCUCGGCCCUGCGCCGCCUGGAGAAUCUCCGCAUCGACAAGUUCAAGCAGCUACGGAAGCCCCCGCCCGGCAAGGGCCUGAAGCUGCCGGCCAUCCCUGGCACCGGCCCCCCCGGGGAGAUGCCCAGCCUGUGCGGCCCACCCCCCGCGGUCUCCCACCGCCGCGUCCUGGAGCUGUCCGCCAGCGACCUGGCCUCCGCGCCCCCGCUGAGCGAGCGCCGGGCCAGCACCUCCAGCACCGUCAGCUCGGCCUACACCGUCAGCCGCCGCUCCUCGCUGGCCUCGCCCUACCCGCGGGCCGCCGAGGGGCCGGGGGGGCUCCCCAGCAGCCUGGGCGUGGCCGAGGCCUACGACCCCAUCUCCCCCGACGCCUCCCGGCGCUCCAGUGAGGCCAGCCACUGCGGGGGGCUGCCGGGCCUGACACCGGCCCAGCAGUACCACCUCAAAGCCAAGUACGCCGCGGCCACGGGCGGCCCCCCACCCACCCCGUUGCCCAGCAUGGAGCGGGGGGCCCUGAGUGGCAGGACGGGGUUCCCCGGGGACUACCCGGGACCAGCCGUGCCGUCCUUCCUGGCCAACGGCUCGCUGCGGCGGCACAGCACCAACGAGUAUCCCGGCUACAGCCUCCACCCGCCCGGUGGCCGGCGGGCCAGUGACCCUGCCCGGACGGCGGCCGAGCCGCACGCCGCGCCCAGCGUGCAGCGCUACAAGAGCGUGGGUAACGUGAGCGUGUCGGCCGUGGGCAGGGCCGGCCUGCAGCCCCUCGGGGGCACCGACACCAGCCUGCAGCGCCACCUCUUCUCCCCUCGCCCGCCCAGCAUCAGCGAGAACGUCUUCCUGGAGAGCGUGGCCAUGGAAGGGACCGGGGAGACCAGCCUGCUGGAGAUGGAGCAGUACCUGGGCUACCCGGAGCAGGGCUUCCAGUGCCAGGCGCCGGGCAUGGAGCUGCAGGGGGAGGGCGCCUAUAUCGGUGCCCACAGGACCAUGGGGGGCAUGCAGCUGAGCCCAGGUGCCCACAGGGAGCUGGAGGGGGGCCUUGGGCAGCCCGAUUUCUCUCUCCCCCAGUGCCAGGAGAACCAGCACUUCCAGGGCAUGCGCCCACCCGAUGCCAACAUCCCGGUGCCCUGGGAUGAGGCCGCCCCGGGGAGCCUGGAGAUGAACCCCAUGGUGCCCAGCCCGGUGGGCAGCCGCCAUUGCCACCACCAGUACCCAGCUCCCGGCGCCUGCGAGCCGCAGCCCAAGCACAUGGGCAUGUGCCACCCGGGUGGGUUCGCCGGCGGGCAGCAGUUCGGCGAGCUCAGCCAGCUGCAGAUCAAAGCGGAGCAGCAGCUCCCGGCGCCAGUGCUGACCCCCUGCCAGAACGCGCAGCAGCUGCCAGCCGCUGCGUUCGGCCAGCCCCGAGCCAUGGCGGCCGCCCCCGGCAGCGGGUACCAGGCUGAGCCCCAGCAGGGCUCCUGCUUUGCCAUGACCCCCCCGGGCAGGCGGCCCCAGACCCCCAUGCUGCAGGUCAAGGAGCUGAUGGUGCGGAAUUACGUGCAGUCCCAGCAGGCGCUGAUGUGGGGGGAGCAGCCGCAGCCCCCCCCGAAGGCCGGGGAGCCCAUGAUGGGGCUGGGCGGGGGGCCCGGGCACAGCCAGCCCCUACGGCACCCCCCGGCGCCCCAGGCAUACCUCAGCCCCAAGUAUGCCGGCUACCCAGCCAAGCCAGGGCACCCGCUGGGCCCGCCCGAGAACCGGGCCCCGGCCAGCCAGUGCUUCAACCCCGAGCUGGUGCCCCACCCGCCUGGCGGGCCCAAGCCCCUGGCCAGGCAGAACAGCUUGGCCUACAUGGGCAGCCCAGGCCAGCCCAGCCCCUCCUGCGAGCCCCUGGAGGCCAGUCCCCGUAGGCUGCUGCGGCUGCCCCCCCUGCACACCCCACCCGAGGGCCCUGCCGAGGCGGCCAUGCUGUUCUACCCGGGGCAGGGCCCCGCGCAGCCGGGGAAGGGCGCCCAGGGGCACCAGCCGGCCAGUUGUGGGGGCCAGGAUCCCGGCAGGCCGUUCGCCCCUCGCCUGGAGAGCCUCAAGCCCGACUCCUUCCCCUACCUGGCACCAGAGGGGCAGGUCUCCAACAGCCUGGACUCGCUGGACCUGGAGAACACGCACCUGGACUUCACGGCCAUCCUGGACGACCCGGAGCCCCCGGCCCUGAGCCCCGCCCGGCUGCCCCCGCCCGGGCCCCCCAACAUGGCCGUCGGAGACAUGAGCUCCAUGCUGAGCUCACUGGCUGGGGAGAGCCACUUCCUCAACACCCUGUCCUAAGGCCCCCGCGCCUCCCCGGGCACCCACCCCCAGCGGGCAGGAGACGCAUGCCUUGACGGGCUGCCCAGCGCCCUAAUACGGGACCCCCCACAUCCGGGAGAAGGGGCCCCCCGACUGGCCGGUGUCUCACCGUGGGGAUGGGACGCUCCUAGCUAUUCGGCAGCCACCCAUCUGUCCGUCCUUCCAGACGUCCAGACGUCCAGCCCUCCUUCCAUCCAUUUUUCCACUCAUCCACCCACCCAUCUGUCCAUCCCUCCCUCCAUCCUUCCACCUCACCUAUCCCUCCUUCCAUCUUUCCACUCAUCCAUCCACCCAUCUGUCGAUCCCUCCCUCUAACCUUCCACUCAUCCCUCCCUCCAUCCUUCCGCCCAUCCACCCAUCCCUCCUUCCAUCUUUCCACUCAUCCACCCACCCAUCCAUCCAUCCACCCACACAUCUGUCCAUCCCUCCCUCCAUCCUUCCACCGAUCCACCCACCCAUCUGUCCAUCCCUCCCUCCAUCCUUCCACCCAUCCCUCCUUCCAUCUUUCCACUCAUCCAUCCACCCAUCUGUCGAUCCCUCCCUCUAACCUUCCACUCAUCCCUCCUUCCAUCUUUCCACUAAUCCACCCACCCAUCCAUCCAUCCUUCCACCCAUCCAUCUGUCCAUCCCUCCCUCCAGCCUUCCACCAUCCCUCCCUCCAGGGACUCCUAUGGGCUUUGUGGGAAUAGAAUUAGCCUCUGCUCCUCUCUGCAGCUGCAGGACAGCUCCCCCAGGCCCUUAGGGGAGAUGCCCUCCACCCCCAUCCCACGCCCCUCAGGGGGGCCUCGAGUCUUUCCAGGGCAGAAGGGAGAAGGAGCGCCCGUUAUAAGCGGCUGCACGCCCUACCCCAGAGGCAGCUGCAUGAUCCCUAGGCUGUGGGGCAGGCAGGGCCAAUCAACCAGACCGGGAAUCUGUAGCCCAUUCAACCCCCUGAGAUUGCCCUGGGCCUGUGCUCGGCCCUGUCUCCUUCCUGCUUUCUGCUGUCCCAAGGCCAGGAAGGCGGUGACAGGCCAUGGUGGGGGGGCAGCCCCCACCAGACUGCAGUGCCCAAUGCCCUCCGUCCCUGCAGCGACGCCAGGCUGCCCCCAUGCCAGUGCCCUGCACGCGUAUCCCUUCCACAGACCCCCCCAUCCUAUCGCCCCUUCUCUGGGCCAGGGGCUGCUGCAAUUUACCCCCCCUUAUUCUGCCUCUCCCCCGCCUUCCAGUGGCACAGCGGGGGAGGGGCUCACAGCAAAGUCUUAACUGAAAAACCAAAGAAAAAUCAUGUAAAAAAACCCAAACUCACCUAAAAACCCAUUGUCUCGUUUGCUGCGUUUGGUCUGAGCGACCGGCGGGCGCUCCCAGCUCCCCCGCCCGCCAGGGGCAGGAGAUUGGCUAGACAGGUUGGCGCGGGGAAUAGCCAAAACCCCGGCUCCUGGUGCCAGGCGUGGGCCCGGCGCUGGGACACGGCCCUGUCGCAGCUCUGUACAUAGUAUAUAUAUGUGUCCGUGGGGUUUUGUACCUGGAACGCGCCGUUCUUCUCUUUUUGCUAGCAACAAAAAA